CAUACCUUCAUACACAUAAAACACCGUUACCAUGUCCUUAUUGCGUGUAUCUGCCAGAAGAUCCUUGAGACUCGUUUCCCAGAGAGUCGUGGCCCCAGUUGGCAUCCGUUUCAACUCCACUGCUGCUGUAGCUGAAAAGGCCCCAGUUGACGCCAAAAUCUCCGCCAUUGUAGACCAAAUUUCUACCUUGACUUUAUUGGAAACUUCUGCUCUUGUUGCCGAAUUAAAGGACAGAUUGAACAUUCCUGAUAUCGCAUUCCCAGCCGCUGGUGCCGGCCAAGCUGCCGCCCCAGCAGCUCCUGUAGAAGAAGAAAUUAAGGAAGAAGUGGAAGAAAAGACCAUUUUCGCUAUCAAGUUGGAAUCUUUUGAUGCCAAGUCUAAGCCAAAGAUCAUUAAGGAAGUUAAGGGUUUGUUAGGUCUUUCCUUGGUCGAAUCCAAGAAGUUUGUUGAGGCUGCGCCAAAGGUUUUGAAGGACAACGUUGCCAAGGAAGAUGCCGAAAAGAUUAAGGCCACUUUGGAAGGUUUGGGUGCCAAGGUUACUUUGGAAUAGGUAUCAUAAACUAGUAUAAAUCUUGUAUAUACAAC